CUUCUUUUCCUCCCAAUCGCCUGUCCUUGGCGGGGGGGUGGGGGCAAAGGGGGGAGAGGAGGUUAACAAUACAUCUGCCAGGGUUUUGUUGUCACCCCACAAUCAAAACCUGGACAGAUAAUUGGCGCGCAAUGUGGGGCGAGAGAAAGGGGUAAAUUUGGAGAUUUUUUUGGUUUGCUGCUGCUCUGAUGUACCUCUCAAUUUUCUUGGCACAGUGCCAACUCAUAGAGUUGUGAUACUCAUGCCAAUGGGAUUGUGGAAUGGAAUAAUGGUCUGAUUAAAAAGCAUACUCCUACAUUUAUACAGUCCUAAAAUUACAUUUGGCCCUUUGAAGGCAACCGCAAGGUUGAUGUGGCACCUGGUAAAAAUGAGUUUGACACCCGUGGUCUAGAAUUUGUGGUUAAUGUUGUCUUUGCUGAAUGAGGAGAUGAGUUCUUUCACCUUGCAGGUGGAACAUUUCUAUAUUCUCAGGUACAAGACAUCUCACCACUGCAUCAUGAUGGUUCAGGGUCUUGGGUGAUCCACUUUACUAUUUCCCUACAGGAGUUUAGACAAACUGCUUUAUUUUGCACAGUGGCUAUCUUUUUGUUGUAAGAGUAAUCACUCAGAGAUACUUUUCAUUGUCUCUCUACUAAGAAUUUCAUUUUACUUGAGUUGUUUUUUUAGCUUGCUAUAGAGGCAAGAGGCAGCAGAAAAGUCUUGUGUUGGGAAAGAUAUUUACAGAUUGAUAGGUGUUUGCUAAUCCUGUCAAAAUUAUCUGUUGAAUGCAGAAAAAAAAUUGCUUCUGUUUAUCAUAGCUUCCCAUGGAUAUAUUUAAAUAAAGCUUGAAACCUGAGGCUUAGUUAAUUUUCAAGUGAGGAGAGGUACCCAGAUGAAUGAGUACUGUGUUCAGCAGAUGUCUGUUGGAUGAACCAUGUAGGUAUCCCUGGAAUCUGCUUUGUCUUCAGAAGGUAGGAUUCUGGGUGGUGGAUGAAAGUGAUGUAGUUAUGAUAUUAAUAGUUUUAAAUCACUGCAUGCAAAAAUCAAUGCAGAUAGCAAAGCCUUCUAGUAGAAGAGAUACCUUUUGUGGCUUAUCUGUGAUCCAAUGUUGCGUUUAAGAAAAAUAUUCUUAGCAAAUCUGUUGCGGCUACUUACAAUAGCACUUGCAAAUUUAAGAGGGUUAAAUGUCUAGGAAAUGUUUUAUAUUUUCAGGUUCUUCUGUUUAUAGAAAAAAUGAAACUUGCCCACUCUCAAAGGCAGAGAGACCCUGCAGAAGGAUCUAGGCAAAUUGGAGAAGUGGGCGAUCACCAACUGAAUGAAGUUCAACAAGGGCAAGUGCCAGAUUUUGCACCUGGGAUACGGCAACCUUGACUGUACAUACAGCCUGGGGAAUGAGAUGCUGGAAAGCAGCUCUGCGGAGAGGGAUCUUGGGGUUCUGGUCAACGGCAAGUUGAACAUGGGCCAACUGCAUCCUGGCGUGCAUCAAGCACAACAUUACUAGCCGGUCGAGGGAGUUGGCAAACAUGAGUUAACUGGGCAUAAAGUUGCAGUGAAGAUCCUGAAUCGACAGAAGAUUCGCAGCCUCGAUGUUGUAGGAAAAAUCCGCAGGGAGAUACAGAACCUCAAACUCUUCAGACAUCCUCAUAUAAUUAAGCUGUACCAGGUCAUCAGUACACCAACUGACAUUUUCAUGGUGAUGGAACAUGUUUCAGGAGGAGAACUGUUUGAUUAUAUCUGUAAAAAUGGAAGGCUUGAUGAGAAGGAAAGUAGACGUUUGUUCCAGCAAAUACUUUCUGGUGUGGAUUACUGUCACAGGCAUAUGGUAGUACACAGAGAUCUGAAGCCUGAAAAUGUGCUGCUUGAUGCACACAUGAAUGCCAAGAUAGCUGACUUUGGUCUAUCAAAUAUGAUGUCAGAUGGAGAAUUUUUAAGAACAAGCUGUGGUUCCCCUAACUAUGCUGCACCGGAAGUAAUUUCGGGAAGAUUAUAUGCAGGUCCAGAAGUAGAUAUUUGGAGCAGUGGGGUUAUUCUCUAUGCUUUGUUAUGUGGAACACUUCCAUUUGAUGAUGAUCACGUGCCAACCCUUUUUAAGAAGAUAUGUGAUGGUAUCUUUUAUACCCCUCAGUACCUGAAUCCAUCUGUAAUCAGUCUUCUAAAACACAUGCUGCAAGUAGAUCCAAUGAAGAGAGCAACAAUCAGAAACAUUAGGGAACAUGAAUGGUUUAAGCAGGACCUUCCCAAAUACUUGUUUCCUGAAGACCCAACAUAUAGUUCUACCAUGAUUGAUGAUGAAGCCUUAAAAGAAGUGUGUGAGAAGUUUGAAUGCAUUGAAGAGGAAGUGCUAAGUUGUCUAUACAGCCAAAAUCAUCAGGACCCUUUAGUGGUUGCUUAUCACCUCAUUAUAGAUAAUAGAAGAAUAAUGAAUGAGGCCAAAGACUUCUACUUGGCUACAAGCCCACCGGAUUCUUUUCUUGAUGAUCACAAUCUGUCUCGCCCUCAUCCUGAAAGAGUGCCAUUCUUAGUAGCUGAAGCACCACUUCCCCGCCAUACUCUUGAUGAGCUGAAUCCACAGAAGUCAAAACACCAAGGUGUAAGAAGAGCAAAGUGGCACUUAGGAAUACGGAGUCAGAGUCGACCUAAUGAUAUAAUGGCUGAAGUUUGUCGAGCAAUUAAACAACUGGAUUAUGAAUGGAAGGUGGUAAAUCCAUACUAUCUGCGUGUUCGAAGGAAGAAUCCAGUGACAAGUGCAUAUUCCAAAAUGAGUCUACAGUUGUAUCAGGUGGACAGCAGGACAUACUUGCUAGACUUCCGUAGCAUUGAUGAUGAAAUUACUGAAGCAAAAUCUGGGACUGCAACUCCACGGAGAUCAGGUUCUGUGAGCAACUGUAGAUCCUUUCAGAAAGAUUCAGAUGCUGAUGCACAAGGAAAAUCUGCAGAUAUAUCCCUUACCCCAUCAGUGACCUCUUCGCUUGACUCUUAUAAAGCUGACUUAACUCCAAGACCAGGGAGUCAUACGAUAGAAUUCUUUGAGAUGUGUGCAAAUCUUAUUAAAAUACUUGCACAAUAAUUUUGAAGAUGGGCUGAUUUCUUUUACAGUAAUAAGCAUGCCUAAAUCAUAGUCAGAUGCUUCCAGUUAUAAUCCAGUUAAAUUAACGAAGGCACUGAAAAAACUAGCCACAGAAUGCAAUUUGCAGAGGGAUUGGAAUGAUUAUGGGCAGUUAUGUAUAUUAUUUUGAACCUGGAGUGAAUUCUGAUUGUUUGCUGUACAAUACCAUUGUACAGGUACAGGAAGUCAUAUGCCCUUGGGGCAGUAUUCACACUUUAUACUGCAUAUUAGACUUCAAGUUACAUGGACCUUCUUGAUUUUUUUCACUAGUAAUACAUCUGAUUCACUGUAAGUAAAUGUACGCUUACUAGUUCAAUGACUGAAGUAUGACUUGUUGGUCACCAUCUACAAUUGUGCCUCAGUUGAUCAGAAUUGUCAACAUUUAACAAUAAUGUGUUAAAACUGCUGUGAUUCCUCCCCCUUAUUUGACAGUAAAUGAUAAAUAGUUUAAUGAAUUAUAAUGUAAUAAUGGCUAAAUUUGAUGAAAUGCAUGCAAAUCCAACCAGGUGAAAAAUGCAUGUAGGUGCUCUGUAAUGCACUAAGGGUGAAAUUCUGUGGGCUGUAAGUAGAACAACUGAGGCCACAACAGUGGUAAGAGACUUAAUGCCAAGAAGACUUGGCACCCUGUGGGCUGAAACAAAAUGUUACUCUGUGAAGAAUUGUCAGCAGGUCCCUGAUCUGUGCAGAUUCGCUAGCUCAUACCUUAGUGCGGUAGCAGCAUAGCAGUUCCCUACUACUACUUCAGGCUGAGAAUCCUGUUCCUUAUAAACAUGUGCAUGUGGUUAAGAGCACAGCCCUAAGGGCUCUUGCAUGCUAUUCCAGAAUCUAAAAUUUACCAUUUUUAAAAUAUAUGUUAAAACUUUUAUACAGCUGUUUAUAUUGUAUGUUAGCUUAUAAUAUAUUAUAAUAUAUAGGAUUCACUUUGCAGUUGAAACUACAUAUAUAGGUUUAGGUUUUCCCAAGACACCUUUAUAGUGAACUCUGCCAUUUAAAUUAUGACAUUAGUAGUUCAACUUUUCAGCUGAACAUUUAAAACUGAUCAUGACAACUUGACUGUUAAUAUGAAAAAAAAUUUUCAGCAGUAGAUUGCCAUUACAAAUGACAUAAAUCCUUCUGCGUUGAUGGUUUUUGCAGUGUUUUAGGAAGAAAACUGAACCUUAAAUGUUAAAAUCACAGCUAAUACUUGCACAAAAACAUAUAAUCUCUCGUAAAUUUGAUGUAAUUAUUCACAGUUCCAUUUCCAUCUAGCAGUAAUAGAUGUAAACAUUAAAGAAUAAACUGUAUGUCAUAAAACAUCUAGUUUUGCAUUCAAGCAUGAGCAUUCUCUUAAAAAAAAACUUCAUGACCUCAGUUUCAAAGAUUGUUCUCCCAGUUAGGGACUGGAAAUCAAGGUAUUAAUAUGAGUAGUGAAACCUAGACUUGUAAAAUUAAUGGGGGUUCUAGCCAAUGACUAGUUGAAAACUGCUAGCUACAGCUUUAAGAACAGUCUAAUCCAGGACAGCUGAUUUCAGUUCAGAAAUUCAUGAAUAUGCACAGCACAGAAUUUGAAGAAACAUAAAGCUGCUUAACUCCUGGAGCCACUGUAGCUGCGUUCUGAACUGAGCACUGGUGUGGUCUGCCUAGUAUGUAGGUACAAGUUAGAGCUUCAAGUUUUUAUCCUCGAGUGUCACACACAGUCCCUGUAAUGCAAAGUUGUAUUACUGUAUCUCAAAGUGGAAGAUUUUUGUUAAAGCUUUGGGUUUAAACUCCUGAGAUUGAGAUGUCAACAUGAGGGACCAACUGCAAAUCCUACUUAAGUUGGUUAUUUUUUAGCCUUGUAAGAACUGGUUCUGAUGUACUGAAUAAAUUGGUGUACUCGUUUUUGUUACCCUUUUAUUUUGACAUUGUUAAAUAUUGCACUUGCACAAUAUAACAAAUGCAUAGUUUUUGUGUUUGUUUGGGUUUUUUUAUUGCAGUAGUUCCUCAUCUGGAAGUGGUUUGGGAUCACUGAAAUGGUCUCUCGCAUAUGUCAAACUAAAUAUUUGCAAAUGAUAUCUGCUUCUGGUUUGCAAAUUUGUAAUGCUGACCACAAAUGCAAGGUGUCAAGGUGCAAAGAGCUUUUAAUUUUUAUAUACUUUUUUGGCCCUCUUGUGCAUUAAGGCAACCAUGGCUUUUACUUUGUCUUGAUGUCUGGAAGUUAAAGUAAAUUUCUGGCCAGAGUGUACUGUAUGCAUAGUUUUAAAUAAAGUAAAUUUUACUGGUAUGAUAAAUCAGUUUUGAUGGCCAAAAGUUUCCUGAUGGAAAAGAGUCGGGGUUUGUUUUUUGUUUGUUUCUUUGUGGGGUUUUUGGGUUUGUUUGUUUGUUUUUUUGAUAUGGUGUGGGGGAGGGAGAAAGGGGGACUGACAAGCUAUUUGAAGGGGGACUGGCAAGCUGUUGUGUUGUGUAACUUUCCUGUGCUUUGUAGAUCUUGCUGUUGAAACUGCUUUCUGCAGAUGUUCCUACUGAUCUUACAGACCUUUUUUUAGCAUCACACUAGUAUCUGCCAAUAGGCUGUGAAACAAAACUUAACAGAGAAAUCUCCAAGGGUUGUAAGGAGGCAGCUUAUGCAAAUAUACAAAUUGGUCAAGUAUGUUACUCUAUGCUCCCAAGCUUACUCUAGUUGGAGUAUGUUGAAUUAUCUUGCCUUUACAUUGUAAUUUUUUUCAUGUAUAAACCUCAUUGUCCGUGUGCAGUAAAACUCACUAGGUAAUUAAUAAAAAUUUGAUUUUGGUGGUGCAAUAUUUAAAAACUA